AAAGAAAAGUAAGCAUGGCUUGUCAUAAACCGGUACCAAAUUUCUAAACCGAAGUUUAAUACCGAAGUCCGGUUCACGCUGACGCUCGAGCGUAUAGUGAGUGACUGAGUGAUGUUGGAAACAGAUUUUACGGCAAAACAGAGGGAAAGUCGUUGAAUCUGUCGGAGGCUUUUCGGUCAAAAAUGGCAGCUUUGAGACUGCCCAAUCGGCCUAUCCAGACCGUCCAUGGCGGUGUGGGUUGUACCAGAACCUUGACACUUGUUUAUCCUCUUACAUUGCACUCCAGACACAAAGUCCAGAACUUGCAACGGUUCCUUUUCACUCCGCCUCAGUGGCUGAGCCAAGGUAUCAAUUACAGGGCAGAAGGGCUAAGAAAUGUGUCAUGUAAUAACAGAACAUCAAUGAAGGCUGGAGCAGUGCCUCUGAUGAAGCAAGGCCAUCGGUUUCUCUCUUCUUUAUCUUCCCCGGCUUUAGCUGGAGAUCCUUCAGCUACAAACCGCUACAUUAAGAAGUUUGUGGCUGCUUCUCCCAAAUCAGUGUCUCUCAAUGUCCUCUCUCAUCUCCUCUCUGCUCAAAGUUCAUAUCCCCAUCUCUCCUUCUUUGCUCUCUCUUUGUAUUCAGAAAUGACUGAAGCAUCAUGGUUUGAUUGGAAUCCCAAGCUCAUUGCUGAGAUUCUUGCUCUGCUCAAUAAGCAAGAGAGAUUCGACGAAUCAGAAACUCUACUUUCUACUGCGGUUUCAAGAUUGGAGUCAAAAGAACGAGACUUUGCUCUCUUCCUCUGCAAUUUGGUUGAAUCAAAUUCUAAACAAGGGUCAAUACAAGGAUUCAACGAAGCUUGCGUUCGUUUGAGGGAGAUAAUCCGGAGAUCUUCAUCGGUUUAUGUCAAAACACAAGCUUACAAGUCUAUGGUUUCUGGAUUAUGCAACAUGGACCAACCUCAUAAUGCAGAAGGAGUUAUCGAGGAGAUGAGAAUCGAAAAAGUAAAGCCAGGAUUGUUUGAGUAUAAGUCUGUUCUAUACGGUUAUGGAAGGUUAGGAUUGUUUGACGACAUGAACAGAGUAGUGCAGAUAAUGGAGACACAAGGUCACAAGAUCGACACAGUUUGUUCAAAUAUGGUUCUCUCUUCCUAUGGAGCUCAUGAAGCUCUUCCCCAAAUGGGUUCUUGGCUACAGAAACUGAAGGAUUAUAACGUUCCUUUAUCCACAAGAACGUAUAACUCGGUCUUGAAUUCUUGUCCUACGAUCACAUCGCUGUUGAAAGACUUGGAUAGUUGUCCGCUUUCUCUCUCUGAACUGCUUACUUUUCUGAAUGAGGACGAGGUGGUUUUGGUACGCGUGUUGACUCAGUCAUCGGUCUUAGAUGAAGCAAUCGAGUGGAAUUCGUUAGAAGGCAAGUUGGAUUUGCAUGGUAUGCACUUGAGCUCAUCGUAUUUGAUAAUGUUGCAGUGGAUGAAUGAGAUGAGGCUUAGAUUUAGUGAAGGGGAAUGUGUGGUUCCUGCAGAGAUUGUAGUUGUUUCUGGUUCUGGUAAGCACAGCAACGUAAGAGGAGAGUCACCGGUUAAAGCAUUGGUUAAAAAGAUAAUGGUUCGUACCAGAAGCCCGAUGAGGAUCGACCGGAAGAACGUUGGUAGUUUCAUUGCUAAGGGAAAAACUGUAAAAGAAUGGCUUUGCCAAUGAAGAAUGUGAUACUUCGAGCACAAGAAUGUGAUUAUUUAAACAGUUUUUGUUACUAGUAAGUUUAACUAUACACCAUAUGCUUUCUUCUUGUAUUUGUUAAUAGAGAAAGUGAAUCUCAAUUAUUGACACAAGAUGUAUCCAUGGAUGUAACUAAUAUCUAAGUUUAAUUACUUUACAUUGCAUAAUUAUUGGGUCACCGGUAAAUUGACCUGUUUAUUUUGGAUAAUUG